GUGAUGUUGGAUAUGGGAGAACGCAAAGAGGUGAAAAUGAUUCCGAAGUCCUCGUUCAGUAUAAACAGUUUGGUGCCCGAGGCCGUGCAGAGCGACAACCAGAACCAGCAGAGCCACCAGCACCUGCACCUGCACCAGAACCAGAACCUGCACCAGUCCCACCUCCUGCACCAGAACCAGAACCUGCACCGGCCCGGCGGCGCGGACGAGCCCGAGCAGAAGCCUCCUCUCCCGGCCGCCUCGCAGCCGGAGCCGGAGCCCAAGAGCGAGGCUCCGGGUCCGGGUCCGGAGAGCUGCCCGGACGAGAAGGACAAGCCGGAGGACAAGAAGGACGGAGACAAGAAGGACGCGGACGCAGCGAAGGACGGAGACAAGAAGAGCGGCAAGUACGAGAAGCCUCCGUUCAGCUACAACGCGCUGAUCAUGAUGGCGAUCCGCCAGAGUCCGGAGAAGCGCCUGACCCUGAACGGCAUCUACGAGUUCAUCAUGAAGAACUUCCCGUACUACCGGGAGAACAAGCAGGGCUGGCAGAACUCCAUCCGGCACAACCUGUCCCUCAACAAGUGCUUCGUGAAGGUCCCGCGGCACUACGACGACCCGGGCAAGGGCAACUACUGGAUGCUGGACCCGAGCAGCGACGACGUGUUCAUCGGCGGCACCACCGGCAAGCUGCGGCGGAGGUCCACCACGUCCCGGGCCAAGCUGGCCUUCAAGCGGGGCGCCCGGCUGACCUCCGGCCUGACCUUCAUGGACCGGGCCGGGUCCCUGUACUGGCCCAUGUCCCCCUUCCUGUCGCUGCACCACCCGCGGGCCGGCGGGGCGCUGGGCUACAGCGGCUCGUCCCCGGGGGGCUACCCGGGGCACCCCAUGUCCUACAGCACCAUGCUGGCCCAGAACAUGGGCAGCAGCCACCCGUCCUUCCCCUCGUCCCCCGGGCUGAGCAUGGACCGGCUGGUGGGGGGGGACCUGCCCUACGCGACCCACCACCUGACGGCCGCGGCCCUGGCGGCCUCGGCCGUGCCCUGCGGCCUCUCGGUGCCCUGCUCCGGGGCCACGUACUCCCUGAACCCGUGCUCGGUCAACCUGCUCUCCGGCCAGACCAGCUACUUCUUCCCGCACGUCCCGCACCCGGGCAUGACCCCGCAGGGCGGCGGGGGGCUGCAGGGGGCCCGGGCCUCGGCCUCCAGCUCCCCGGGGGCCCCGGCGCCCUCCUCGCUGGCCUGUGACUCUCUGAGACCGGCCCUGUCCGGCUCGCUGCCGGCCUUCUCUUCUUCGGGACUUUCCGGGAGUUUGUCUGAUUAUUUUUCUCAUCAAAACCAGAGCUCGACCUCCAACCCGCUGAUACACUAA